CACAAGUAAAGUAAAGUGUUGGAGCUUAAAGCCACUGAGCGUCUAGGCGGUUGAGCAUGUUAAACGCUUUGCAUAAUUCUGCCCGAACGACAAACAUCAUCAAUGUGAGUGCCGCGUGGCUCGUGCUGUGCUGCUAGCUGCUCCUGGGGGCAAUGAAAUCGCGGAAGCUGCCCAAGGUUUGUGGCCUCAACUGCUUGACCUUACUCUGUAUACCGCUGGUGUUGCCCAUCCUAAGAUGCACGGCCGUCGGCACCGGCAACGCCGGCAGCAGCAGCAGCAGCAGCGGCAGCGGCAGCGGCAGCGGCAGCGCCAAUGGCGGAGAUUUCGAUUAUCGGCUGCAGCGGGUGAGGAACGUGCUGAAGGAAGUGCCGCUAAUCGAUGGCCACAACGAUUUGCCCUGGAAUAUACGCAAGUUCCUCAAGAACCAGCUGAAGGACUUUCACUUCGGCAGCGACCUGCGCGAAAUGGCGCCCUGGUCGUCGAGUGCCUGGAGCCACACGGAUCUGCGCCGCCUCAAGGAGGGCAUGGUCUCGGCCCAGUUCUGGUCCGCCUACGCGCCCUGCUCCUCACAGCAUCUGGAUGCGGUGCAGCUGACGCUGGAGCAGAUCGACUUGAUACGUCGCCUGGUGCAUCUCUAUCCGCAUCACAUGGCCCUGGUCACCAGCGCCGCGGGCAUCGAGCAGACCCAUCGCACGGGCAAAAUCGCCAGCCUGAUUGGCGUCGAGGGUGGCCAUGCGAUCGGCACCAGUCUGAGUGUGCUGCGCAUGUUCUAUCAGCUGGGCGCCCGCUACCUGACGCUCACACACACCUGCAAUACACCUUGGGCGGACUGCUGCAAAGUUGACGAACCGGGCAAGUAUCCGCACAUCGGCGGACUCUCAUCAUUUGGCAAGCUUGUGGUGAAGGAAAUGAACCGCCUGGGCAUGAUUGUUGAUCUGUCGCAUGUGUCGGUGCCGACAAUGCUGGACGCUCUGGCCACAUCCCAGGCGCCGCUCAUAUUCUCGCACUCCUCGGCGCAUGCCAUCUGCAACAGCUCGCGCAACGUACCGGAUCACGUCCUGCAGCGAAUUGCCACUAAUGGAGGUCUGGUCAUGGUCGCAUUUUAUCCGCACUUUGUCAGCUGCUCGGGUCAGGCGACUCUGCACGAUGUCGUGGAUCACAUUAACCAUAUAAGAGAAGUUGCAGGCAUCGAUCAUGUGGGCAUUGGAGCUGGCUACGAUGGCGUCAAUCUAGUGCCCAAAGGCUUGGAGGAUGUCUCCAAAUAUCCGCAUCUCUUUGCCACGCUGCUCGAAUCGGACAAGUGGACUGAGGCGGAUAUAGCCAAGUUAGCUGGCAGAAACUUUCUACGCGUCUUCAACGAGGUCGAAGCGGUACGUGAUCAAAUGGAUUUAUUGCGGGUGCAGCCGAUUGAUCAGUCAAUUCCAGCUGAGGACAUUAUGGGCAGAUCCUACUGUCGCUAUCAAGGACCAAGAACGUGAUAAUUUCUUCAUAUGUAAAGUUUCAGAAUGCACACAAACACACAUACUAAUACAUAUACUCGUACGCAUACACACAUCAAUGCCAAAGGCCAACGAGCAGAGAGAGAGAGAGAGAGAGAGAGGGAGAGAGAUGAAAUUAUGUCAAGCGUACGUGUUGUAAAGUGAGACUUGUUUUAGGUUAAUUGACAAAGUUUUUUCGUCGUAACAUGCGAGCAUUUGUUUUUAUAGUAUAUCUCGGUUCAAGUAUGUGUGUCACACACACAUAGAUGCACGUUUAGUUCCACCCACACACAUGUACUUUCAAUCUCUCAGACUCCACGUGGCAGCUGCUGCCAGGCAACAUUGUGCGCAGCUGGCCGAGCACAUAAACAAAUACAAAGUGGCAUAGGGGCGGCUAUACUUCACACACACACACACACAGAUGUAAACACACAUACGCAUAACCACCCACCACAUGCCCUCCUUCUGGCAACCACUACAACACUGAGGUUACCAUAGCUCAGCCAACAUUGUGUAAAUAUCAUUGUCAUGUUUAUUUUCAUCUUUAGCACUUAGUGAGGCAAGGAUCCGCAAAAAAAAAGCAGCAAAAAGUAUCUAAGGUUCAGACAAAGGCGAUGGAAUGAGCGUAAAAGAAACGCACAAAAACAACACAACAAAACCAAAACAAGACAGAAACAAAGCAAAACAGACGAAAGCUGUCUAAACUAAAGUGAAAACAUUCUAAGCCUCGAUUUGAUAAACGAAAACAAAAACCAAUUUCAAAACAACAAAAAUCUCCUAUGAAUGUCCUACUUCAUGCAGAGAGUAUUAAAAAUAUGCAUUAUGUAUUUUUUCUAUGAAAAAGUUAUUAUUCUAAUGAUAUGGAAUAAAUAUUCAAAUAUAUGGCUAGCAAAUUUCGGAGAACGUUAAGCCAUUCUCUAUCAUAGAAUAUUCACUGUCAUUGGAGUUUCCCUUAGUUCUAGUGAAUUCAUUAACAAUUCAAAUUAAUUCGAAUCAUUAGUUGAUUACUUU